AUGAGUCAAUCCCAAAAUGGACGGAAUACCGGUCGACCACCCGUCAUGGGGGGAUCCGUUAAAAGAGCGAGAGAAUUAGCUGAAGCGGGUGCGCCGAGGAGGAAUAUAUCAGCCUUUCCAGAGCCUCCGACAAGACGACCUCAGGCGCCACCGGGUUUACAGUUUAGAGAUGGGCAGGGUCAGAUUGGGAUGGCGAUAUCGAGACCGACACCGCUUCCACAGUGGCCGCUUGGUGGACCUAUAUCAGCACCGUCUUCUACCGACUCGGAGCCUUAUCGACCGCCGCCCGGAAGAUCUCAGCCACCCCAACGCCCCCCGCGACCCAGUAGAGUACCUUCUAUUCUAGAUGGUUCUCAUUUACAAGAGCCCACGCCAAUCUUCCAGUACAUGCCUCAAAACGCUAGAGAAUCGGAGAUGUCAGCACCCGACACAAUACAAAGUACAUCUUCAAGACAAUCAACUAACUCUUCAGUUGGAACAAUUCCCGAUUUCCCGUUACCAGUUGCCGCACCUCCGCUACCACCACCAUCUAGAAGAAGCGUCAAUUUGGGUCCGCCGCCAUCCUCGAGGCGGGGAGCUUCAUCUUACUAUUCGACUGCGUCAUUCGUAUCACCAAUACCAGAGGAAAGUCCUAGAACACGGUCACAUACCUCAUACGCAUCCAGUGCCGCAAUACCAGAAAGCUUCGGCAAUUUAUCGCCGGUAGUGUAUAGUCCAAACGCAGCAUCUAUUGAUAGUACGAUUGCAGAAGAGUCCAUCAUUAGUGAUGACGCGGAUGACAGUCGUUUAGUGAGGAGUGCAAGUAUAGGGAAGAGAGGAAGACCGGCUUUGGUAAACACGGGAAGUGCAGAGAGGAGAGAUUCGAUGCCUCGACCGGCACCGGUGCCUAUCCAGGGUGGGCCAUUUCGAGACGGCACUGGAUAUAUCGAGGGUUCAUCAAGUUCAUCCGGAAAUGUUUCAAGAGAAGCUGUUGGUACCGCGCUGACUGCGGAUAAUAUGCUGAGCGCCUUCGAGGGUGCCAGUGCCUUAGACCCUUCGUCAAUACGAAGAGCUACUCCUUCGCCGCGGCCGGCUAGAUUUUCCGCCAUCCGACGACCGCCGCGCUUAGAUAUGGAUGCAGUAAGAAAAGCUGAGGCCAGAGGAAGCUUGACAAGUCUACCUGAUUUAAUUCGACGGGCAACGAGAUUAGCAGCGUUGAUGGACAGGGGCCGUAGACCAGCGAGUCGUUUUGACGAUCUCGAUUUCCCGGAAGAGGUCUAUGGCAAUGAUACUGAGAAAGACCCUUCUUAUGAAACAAGGCACCAGUCGGGCUUGUCUGAUAUGCUAGCAGCCUUUCCGCCCCCAGCAAGUCGAAGUGGAAAACGUCAAAGCAGAGCAUCAACGGCUUGGCCUCUGGGACGAAGGUCUUUCCGUGGCCCCCCUCUACCAACGGAACAAACCCCAGAUUCGGAGACGGGAUCGCAAGAGAAGGAGAAGAAAAAGCGCCGUUGUUGCGGAUUACCAUUUUGGACUUGUUUUGCCUUGCUCAUCAUCGUGCUAGUGAUAAUAGCAGCUGCAAUAAUAAUCCCAGUCAAACUGCUCGUCAUCGACAAGUCGGUUGCGAAGAGUACAGCACAGCCGGACCUCUCAGACUGCGAGGCUCAAUUAACUUGUGCUAAUGGCGGCACGAAUAUCAACCUACAGGGUGUCUGCUCGUGCAUAUGUUCGAACGGAUUUACCGGCGCAACAUGCACGAUCCCUACUUCGCAAGGCUGCACUACAACAUCGAUUAGCACGUCAGGUUCUAACAUCAACAAUGUUACCAUCGGCCAGGCUAUACCCCGUCUUGUCCAAAACGCUCAGACCAACUUUUCGAUCCCUCUCGUCGCUACUGUAAUACAAUCCAAGUUUAACAAGGAAAAUCUUUCGUGCAACACAGAAAAUGCGUUGGUCACUUUUAAUGGUCAAUCCCUUCGAACCCAGGACGCCUCGGCCGAGGUAUCUAAUCUGAAUUCGAAAUCAGAACUCGCACAAGCUGCUAUACUUGCAGCUGCCGUGCCAAUAACCCUCAGUGUCUCUCCGGAUAUCGAUAUCACGUUGACAAUUGAUAAUCCGGCAGGGACCGGUGGGUUUUCGGGCAGUUUUAUAGUGACCACGUUAACUGCGCCGACUACAAUUUCCGGCUCUACGAUAUUUGCUACGACCAUCUCGGGCAGUAGCAACUCUAAACGAUCAUCGCCUACUCCAUAUCCGACGUCAGCCCCGGCAACCACAUCACAAUUAACGACCAGGUCUUCUUCGACCAGCACGAGUUCAACGGCCAUGCCAACCUCCACUUUCAUGGUGACCGAAGAAGUUGCCGACUUUGCCCGCGUGGCGGUCCUGUAUAUAUUCCAGGAAAAGACGUUAGCCGAUGCAUCAACCGCUCAGACCUCAGUUCAGAGUUUCUUCAGUAGCGUUGAGAGCGGACGAAAUACGACUUCAAGUGUAAUGACCAAUCAAGCGGCGAACGUCACCGUCGGUGGGGGGAACACAAUUGAUUUCGUGAAUUUAUUCGUCGACGUAGGUGCCGGAAAGGUCGGUGGCCGUACCGGCUGA